AUGGAGAGGCAUGCAGUUACCCAGUUCAGAAGAGCGAGGACACGGGAGACAGAGACACAGAGAGGUGGAGAGGGAUGCAGUUACCCAGUUCAGAAGAGCGAGGAUACGGGAGACAGAGACACAGAGAGGUGGAGAGGGAUGCAGUUACCCAGUUCAGAAGAGCGAGGACACGGGAGACAGAGACACAGAGAGGUGGAGAGGGAUGCAGUUACCCAGUUCAGAAGAGCGAGGACACGGGAGACAGAGACACAGAGAGGUGGAGAGGGAUGCAGUUACCCAGUUCAGAAGAGCGAGGACACGGGAGACAGAGACACAGAGAGGAAGAGAGGCAUGCAGUUACCCAGUUCAGAAGAGCAAGGACACGGGAGACAGAGACACAGAGAGAUGGAGAGGCAUGCAUUUACCCAGUUCAGAAGAGCGAGGACACGGGAGACAGAGACAGAGAGAGGAAGGCAGGCAUGCAGUUACCCAGUCCACAAGAGCAGCCAGCGGGAAAAUUGA